CUUGGCUCGCUCGAACGAUGAACCAGCUCGUUCCGACACUUUCAGAUUGCAUACUUUCCACGCUAAAACCACAAGUUAAUCUCUAUGUGUUCUUCCAGUAUCCCCCAUUCUGCAAAGGAUGAAUUUCGACGCGAACACACCAAAGGUAGCGGCGGUCGUGGGCUUUUACAUGUCUGCUGCACUGGUGAUGGUUUUUGUGAAUAAAGCUGUUCUUAAUGGUUCACCAGAUUUACCGCUGCUCUUCCUCCUCCUCCAGCUGCUCAUCGCAGUCUUGCUCCUCCACGUGGCGGCUAUGUUCAUUACACGUGUCGAGAUACCCAAGCUCGAGCUCGAGACCGCGAAGAAGCUCACACCUGUAGUCCUUGUCAACAUCAUUGGACUCAUUUUUAAUACUCUUUGCCUUCGCGAUGUUGAGGCUUCUUUUUUCCAGAUUGCGCGUGGCCUUGUCCUACCUCUGACCAUCAUUGUAUUCUCCGCGCACACUCAUACUGUGCCUUCUGUCCGAGUUGGAAUUGCUGCUGGUACAGUUGCCAUAGGUUUCUUGCUCGGCGUGGCACCGUCUGCAACAGUGCCCGCCCAUGUUGCGCCUUCUAGUCUUUCUCUAUUCUAUGGCGUCCUUUCGUCACUUUUCAUCGCUUUCCACGCUGUUCUGAUCAAGUCCUCCCUCCCUUAUUGCGACAACUCAACUAUUCAACUUGCAUACUGGACCAACCUGGGCUCGGCAAUUUUCCUUUUCCCUUUAGUUUUGCUUUAUGGAGAAAUUUCCACCCUUGAGGACCUUAUCCACGAUUCGAAUUGGGACGGACAAGUAUUUCUAUGGGGGAGUAUCGUGACUGGCGUCUUUGGUUUCUUACUUUGUAUCGCCGGCCUGCUCAGCAUCAAGGUUACAAGUCCUAUCACACAUAUGUUCUCUAGUGCCUCAAGAUCUGUUAUUCAAACCCUGUUAGGUGUCUGGCUAUUCAAAGACGUAAUGACGGUCAACCGCGCAGGGUCUAUUCUGGUUAUCACGAUAGGCACUGUUUAUUACACCUGGGUCAAAUCAUUGGAAGCCGCCCCUCCGCCGCGCAAGGAUGUUGACCUCGAGGUUAUAGGAAAUAGGAAGUGUGAGGAAGAUCCUGAUGAUGGCGAUGGCGAGGUUACGGUGGUUUUCGGAGGGCCGGAGGAGGAUGAAAAAGUGUAACAAACUGUCCCUGAACACUCGUGUAGGCACGGAAAUUCGUGAGUGAUCAUCAUAACGGGUAUAUUACUACCCGAGACAAUUCUUAUUAGUAGUACGCAAUACUCUUGCUUCCCAUAUGACAUCAACGCACACUUACGCACAUUACGCACUUACAAGUCAUUAGCUAUAUCUAUCGUGUUUGCGUGCCGAUAAUUACGUCGGUGACAUGUCACGAACAACUCCACUAGUAUACUUGAAGCUAUGUAAAUUGAUGAAGAGAACAUCAGUUCCUCAAAACGUGAAGGGUCGAUGAUGGCUGCGCAAUAUAUUAGGUUGUCACGUCCGUCGGAUCUUCAACUGACGUUCGGAGUCGUCAGGAACGACAGUCUUGAGACAGCCUCAUGUUGCGCCUCGAGUUUGCGUUCUCCGUGGUCAAUUGUAUCCAGAUAAUCACGCAAUUGCUGUCGCAUGAUCUGAUUGUGGACUCGUGAGCC